CAACCUCACUGAUCAACAAUAUCCAACAUGACUGAACUAGAACCAUCCAUCCCCGAGAAUCUGCGAACACCCCGCACAGUCCCAGCGACCGUCCCUCCCAACCACACACCCCCCUACCCCCUCUUCACAUCGCGAUACCCAGAGAAAGUCAAAGACCUCGUAAUGGCCAUCAUGGGCGCACAGUACGCAUCGGCAGAUUCCAACGACGGCCUUGCCAUGCAGACUAUCUCAUCCUUCACUGGAUCCGACCGUGUGCCUGAAUCCGCGCGUCCCACGCUCCAAGAACCCGCAGCCGUGGUUGACAAAUCCGGCCCCUACACAAUCGCCAUGAUCGUGUACUUUCCCAGCAGACAGACGUACGACGAAUGGGCUGAGACGAGCGGAUUCCGCGCGUGGUGGACGGCCCUAGAUCCCAGGACGCAGCGACAUGGCUGGUUCCUGGAAGUUUUCUUCCCGUCUGUCGAUCGCUUCGAGAGUAUCCUUACGCACCCGGAUAUGCAUGAGGGGAGCUCGAAUAUUCGGUCAGCGGUUAGUAAGCCUCUCAUCGAGCAUGGGUACUGGGGGAGCAUGCGCGAUCGACUCCCGCUAUCGCAGACCGACGAAUUGGCGGGCGAAAAGGGGCAUCGUUCCCCUGACGGUGUCAAGAGAUCGGAUACUCGGACCGCGCGUAUUCGCGUCCCUGGGAGGGAGAACCUCGCUGUGAUUCGGUCCGGACAAGACUGGCGCUCGGCAAAGGCGAAGGAGCGCGCGCUGUAUCUGAACCAACUGCAACCGGCCCUGACAGAUGGGAUGAACUUCCUGCGUGAUCACGGCGCAGAGACGGGGUGCUACAGUAACCGGUUCAUGCAGGUGACGGAUACUGCGGGCAACGGCGUGGAUCGGACCUUUGGGCUGGGGUAUUUUGACGAGCUGGCCUCGUUGGAGGCGUGGAGCAAGUCGCACCCGACGCAUUUGAGGAUCUUCGGUGGGUUUAUGAAAUACGCCAAGGAGAUGGGCGAGGAGAUGGCGGUGAGGUUCUAUCAUGAGGUGUUGGUUUUGACGCCGGAGCAGCAGUUCUUUGAGUAUGUGAGUUGUUGGCCGGGUACUGGUAUGUUGACGUCUCUGUCUGGACGGGAGAGCUUCAACGAAAGGAAUCCUUAAAUCAUGGACUAGCAUCGUUGUGCAAAUAAGGCUUCAGCGCGCUUACCAUGGCGUUCCCACUCAAUUGGUAUCGCAGAAGCC